GAAAGGAAAAAAGGGAAAGCAUAGUGAAAGCGGCCAAUUGCGAGUAACUGGGAUCACGGCGCCCAACAGCCAACCAAGCGGCCCGCGAGAGGGUAAUAAGGAAACCUGGUGGGCUGUAGUCGGCGAGGAACCAAUGCACGCGAAGGGGAGGCGUGUCUUAGCUCUUCCCUAAGACCUCCCAGAGCAGGUUGUUGCGUUUUGGCUCUAAAGCUCAAAGAUCUCCGAAGUGCUUGUCAGUUUUCUAAGUCGGAGCCAUGGCGACAACAGCUCAGUAUAUUCCGCGGAAUAACUCAUUGCCUUCGAACCCACUGAUGCAUCCGGAUUCGGACAGGAUGCACCAGGGGACAACUUACAGAGAGGUGCAGAAAAUGAUGCACCACGAGUACUUACAAGGGCUAGCGACCAACACGGGACAUCCGAUGAGCCUAACGCACCAUCAGUGGCUGCCAACCUCCAAUACCGACUGGACCAGCGGCACCCACAUCGGGCAACCGGAGCACAACAAAGCCAGCGUUCAGAGCAGAGAGGACCUGGGGAACGGGUAUCACAGAUCGCAUCUGGUCCACCAGCCAACGCAAAACAGCCACCAUGGAUCAUGGGCACCGACGACGACACACCACUUAUCCCCACUUUCUCCCGCCACAAACGGUCACCAGUCGCUGGUCUAUUCUCAAACAGGCUACACCAUGUUAAGCCCCCAGCCUUCGCUGCACCACGGUUUGCGAGACCCGCUCCACGACGACGCGGGUAGCCAUGACAACCAGAUGGAGUCUCCUCAGCAGCCGUUCAGCCACCACCAGGACCACUCGGACGAAGACGCUCCCAGCUCCGACGACCUGGAGCAAUUCGCCAAACAGUUCAAACAGAGGCGCAUCAAACUUGGUUUUACGCAGGCGGACGUGGGCUUAGCGCUGGGCACCCUUUACGGAAACGUCUUUUCCCAGACCACCAUCUGUAGAUUUGAGGCUCUCCAACUCAGUUUCAAGAACAUGUGUAAACUUAAACCUCUGCUUAACAAAUGGCUCGAGGAGACAGAUUCAAACACUGGCAGUCCCACGAAUUUGGACAAGAUUGCAGCACAGGGACGGAAACGAAAGAAGAGGACAUCCAUCGAAGUGGGAGUCAAAGGGGCAUUGGAAAACCAUUUCUUAAAGUGCCCCAAGCCGUCUGCCCACGAAAUCACAAGCUUAGCUGGCAGCCUGCAGUUGGAAAAAGAGGUUGUGCGUGUAUGGUUUUGCAACAGAAGACAGAAAGAGAAAAGAAUGACGCCCGUGGGGGUCCCUCACCCGAGCAUGGAGGACGUAUACUCACAAGCAGAGACACCCCCUCUUCAUCACACACUACAGAGUCCUGUCCAGUGA